UGCUUUUGAUGACUUCGGUUGAUGAUGCAAAGCAAAAAAGCAUAAUGGGAAUGUCACUUUUUCUUUCCCUCAUCACAGGCAUGUACGGACGUUACUAUUUGGUAGCAUCUUCCUAACUGCUUCCUUUGAUGCUAAGCGAUCAUAUUCUCUAUUUUAGACAGCGUCUGGGAGUUUGGGAAUUGACUGACAAAUUUACAGAAGCUGAAACGAUGGAGAAGACUACGGUGAAGAAGAAAGAAAUUCCUGGCAGAAGCCUCAUAGAUUUGGUGUUCUCUUGGUCUAUCAAGGAUGUUCUCAAUGAGAAUCAUUUCAAAUCCCAGGUGAAAAAGAUCCCACUGACAUUCUCAUCGCCCAGAGAAUACAUGAAUUCAUUCUAUAUUCCACUUCUCGAGGAAACACAUGCUGACAUGUUGUCAAGCAUGUCAAUGCUGUCUCGCGCGCCUGUUCGUAGAAUAGUUUCUGUACGAAAAUCAAAACAACAUAAAGAUCCUGAAGACCUUUUAUACUUUGUUACACUGGAGAGAGAAUUUAGGACUAAAAUUGGGCCAUAUCAGCCUAUGGUUGGAGACCUCAUUGCGUUAACAGAUGUAAGACGACCAACAUGCAUUAACGAAUUAGAUAGACCCUAUCUUCUUGCUUUUGUCCAAAGCACAAGAGAAUAUAUGGGUUCUGUUAUACUCUCAAUAUUAUCCUCAAGGCCCAUCUCUUUUGAAGAACCAAAGAGCAAGAAGAGAGAAACUCUUUAUGCCGUUUGUUUGAUGAACAUGACCACCAAUAUCCGUAUUUGGAGAGCACUGAAGAACUCUGAGCUGGAAGGAGCGAACUUGAACAUCAUUCAACAAGUGCUGCACCCUAAAUCUGCUGAUGCUGAAAAUCGCUCUAUCUGCCUUUCUGAAGAAAAUUGCAGCACUGCCUUUGCAGAUGCGAGGGCUAGGAUCCUCUCUUCUGAAUUAAAUGACUCCCAAAAAGCAGCAGUUGUUAGCUGUUUGGUUAAUAGGGAGUCCAGCAAACAGAGUACUGUCAAACUAAUAUGGGGUCCUCCAGGGACCGGGAAAACCAAGACGGUCGGUAUGUUGUUAUUCUCUCUUCUUAAAAUGAAUUGCAGAACGCUUACAUGUGCCCCGACCAAUACUGCAGUCUUGGAAGUGACACAGAGGCUUCUAAAGAAUGUUGCAGAGUCAGUUGAAUAUGAUGAUAGUUGUGCGCUUGGAGAUAUUGUUUUGUGGGGAAAUGGGCAGAGAAUGAAUAUUAGUAAUCAUCAUGGCCUUCUCGACGUGUUCCUUGACAACCGAGUUGAUGCUCUAAGAAAUUGCUUGGCCUCACCUUCUGGUUGGGUAAAUACUUUACAAUCAAUGAUUUGUUUCCUCAAUGACCCUCAAGGGCAAUACAGCUUAUACUUGAAAAACAGAGACGAUGAUGGGAUAAAUAGGAAUCAAGGAAAGGAGAUGAUUGAUGAUCAAUCCUCGAUAGACAAGAAGAGCAAAAAAAUGUUGAAGAAAGUUAUUGUUAAAGCCUUAAAUGAAAACAAAAGCAAGAAAAAACGGAAGGAAAAGAUACCAAAGCAUGAGGAAAAGGAAAGUGGGGAUGGUUCUUCCCAAGAGAAGGAAAAAAAAUGUGAUAAUCCUCUGACGCUUGAGGAGUUUGUGCAGAGGAGAUUCAAUUCUAUUGAAGUGAGUCUGAAGGAUUAUCUUGUAAAUUUGAGUACCCAUUUACCUACUUCUUGUAUUUCAUUAGAAGUGGUAAAGAAGAUGAGAAAAGCUCUUGACUUGCUCAAAUCUUUUGGAACUUUGUUGCAUACUGUUAGUGCUAUUGACAAAGGACUGGAGAUAGUCUUGAGUAAAAAAUUAGGAAGAAGCAGACAUGGACACUUAGAGAAGCUAAGUAUUGUGAGAAAAGAGUGUGUUUGCAUACUCAGAUCACUUCCUAAAAAAUUCCCUCGUCUUCCAAAGUCUAGUAAUAGGUUUGCGAUAAAAAAAUUCUGCCUGGAAAAAGCCUGUCUGAUUUUCUGCACUGUAUCAAGCUCUGCUAAAUUGCAUACAGAAAAAAUGACUCCUCUGGAGAUGCUGGUUAUAGAUGAAGCGGCUCAGCUAAAGGAAUGUGAAUCAACCAUUCCCUUACAACUUCCUGGUCUCCGUCAUGCUAUUCUCAUUGGGGAUGAGCGGCAACUCCCUGCUAUGGUUAAAAGCAAGGUUUCCGAGGCAGCUAAAUUUGGAAGAAGUUUGUUCCAGAGGUUGGCAUUGAUAGGACACUGGAAAGACCUUCUCAAUGUCCAGCAUAGGAUGCAUCCAUCCAUAAGCUUGUUUCCAAAUCGGGAGUUCUAUCAUAACAAGAUUUUGGAUGGCCACAAUGUCAAAGAAAGAAUUUACGAGAGGCGUUUUAUUCAGGGUAAGAUGUACGGCUCCUACUCUUUCAUCAAUGUAGCACAUGGAAAAGAGGAAUUCGAUGAUAGCCAUAGUCUGAAAAACAUGGCUGAGGCUGCUGUGGUGUCUCAGAUAGUUGCAUGCCUUUUCAAAGAAUCAGUUCGCACAAAUGCAAAGGUUAGAGUGGGCAUCAUCUCACCAUACAAUGCUCAAGUAAACGUAAUUGGUGAGAAGCUCAAAAAGUACAAUACAGAUUGUAAUGGCAACUUCUCCGUCAGUGUUCGCUCUGUUGAUGGGUUCCAGGGGGGUGAGGAGGAUGUGAUAGUCAUCUCUACUGUCAGAUGUAACAAAAACGGAGAAGUGGGUUUUCUAUCCAAUCGCCAAAGAGCAAAUGUGGCAAUAACCCGUGCAAGGCAUUGCCUUUGGAUAGUGGGUAAUGGAGCGACUCUCGAUGAGAGUGGCUCUGUUUGGAUGGAUAUAGUCAUUGAUGCCAAGAAACGGGGCUGUUUCUUCGAUGCCUAUGAAGAUGAGAGCUUGGCUAAGGCUAUGACAGGAGCCAUGGAACAUGAUCACAUUGACAUUUUACUUAACAACGAUUCUUUUCUUUUCAGAAAGACAAGAUGGAAGGUCUUCUUCAGCGAUGAUUUUUUGGGAUCUCUGUCACGAGUUAAAAACCCUGUACUUUGUAAGGAAUUAGUUUCUUUAUUGACAAAUCUUGCAAAUGGUUGGCGUCGGCCAGAGAGGAAGAAAAAGCUCUUUGCACAUGACGGAACUUCUUCCCAAUUAUUAGAGCAGUACAAGUUGAGUGGGUCGCUGAUUCUUGUUUGGAAUGUAGACAUUCUCAAGCAAAAUUCCAACUAUAUUCAGAUUUUGAAGAUGUGGGGCAUUGUGUCAUUAUCUCAAAUGCCAAAAUUAGCAAAUCUUCUUGAUAUCUUGUUUGGGAGAUAUACAGAGGCCAAGAUGAAUCGCUGCAAACACAAAUGUUUCGAUGGGAGUUUAGUUGUUCCAAUGAGUUGGCCAAUCCACUCGAGUAGUUGUUCGAAAGUUGAUGGUGUCCGGUCAUUGUCUGAAGAGUUAGCUUCACUCAGUCUAAGCGGUGACUCAAAAACAUCUACAACUUCUGGAAACAAUUUGAAGUCCACAACCAAGGGAAGCGUUAUUACACAUACUUGGCGAAGAAAGAUGCCCGGUUUCGAAUGAGGUGCAGUUACCUUCUUCUUCCUGGGAAUAUAAUUUGGGCAUGCAAUUUUGAAGCCCUCUUCAGUUUUUACCCUAAAUUGAGUCACCUCAGUUAUUCGAUGGGAAUAUGAAUCAAAAAUGUUUAUCCUUUGUGGGUCUCUUUUGGUCGAAUGCCUCAGGGUUAAGCACCAAAUAGAAAAAAGAAAAAAAGAAAAAGUAAAGUUUGUGAUUGUCAGUGGUGGUCGAUUUAAAUCUUUUUGUUAGUGUCUACUUAAUAUUGAUGCUUUACGAAAGACAGAGAGAGUGCAGAAUCCGCAAGAAAGAAACUAGUCCUAAAUCCGAUCUCCAAUAAUAACAUCUGGGGAUGGCUGAAAUUUGUAUUGUUGAUACUUAAUACACAUUUGUAAAUAAAAGAUUACCUGAUUUUGAU